AUGUAUGCGACAUAUCUUGCGAACAAUCGUGGUUUCCGGUAUGGUACUAUUCUACAAUAUCUCAAUAUCAUUGUCCAUAUGCACAAGAUAUCUGGUUUUGACGAUCCUGUGGCUACUGACUAUCAACUUAAACUGGUCCUUCGUGGUAUUAAGCGCGAUUUGGGUACCGCUCAAUCCCCAGUGGCCGCCAUCUCGCCGCAUCAACUAUUAAAAAUCAAGGCGGUUUUGAACUUGAAUGAUUUGUCUGACCUAGUAUUCUGGUGUGCUUGUUUAAUCGCUUUUUACGGACUUCUACGCCCUGGGAAUGUUACAGUUAAGGGAUCCACAUUCAACAAAGAUACUGAUGUUCGACGUAUUGAUUUGCUUCCACAUGAAUGGGGAUUCCUAUUGUGUUUGAGUAAGACAAAAACUAUACAGUUCAGAGAGAAAGCAGUGGAGGUUGUAUUAUCAAUGACAGGGAACGCUCUAUGUCCCGCGUCCGCUUUGCAUGCUCUGUUACGCCGUACAGGGCCUAUUGACCCGCUUGGACCUCUUCUAAUUCAAGAAGAUGGUUCUCCAUUGAGCUAUAAGGCUUUUUGUGCAAAACUACAGCUUAGCUUAAAAUUAGCAGGGGAGGAGAACUCUCAGAUUCGUGCCCACUCUUUUCGCCGAGGUGGGGCCUCGUGGCUCGCAAAGUUAGGUUUUUCAAUCGAAACCAUUAAAUCGAUUGGCUAUUGGUCAAGUGAUGCUGUGUUGAGAUAUAUCGAGUCAGACUUUUCGACAAAAUUGAAUGUAGCAAAACAGUUUGGUUCUUCGCUAUGUUAA